AUGGCAGAGGACAUGUUCAGACCUCCAGUCAACCGCGCCAUGCGCGUCCUGGAUCGUUCCUUCUUCCAGAAGAAAAUUCCUGCCUCGGCCGCUCGCGUUGUUGACAACAAGACUAUUUCCAAGUGCAGAUCUGAACUGUUCAAGGCGAACGAUGUCCUCCGUCUUGAAAGGUACCAGAUUGUCAGACCCGAUCCAGACGAGGCUGAUGCAAAGGCUGGAAAGAAGUGCAUUCUGCUGAGGCCGCAGGUUGACGAAAAGGGCGCCGACUACCCCUGGAGCAAGACUGUCUCCGAACUGGAAAAGUCCAACAUGAUCAACAUCAUUCCCUAUGAGGUUCAACUCGACUAUGAUUACUGGGAUUAUCAGGAAAUUGCCAGUGCCGUACUUCCUCAGAGUCAAGAGCACGAUGAGAUUCCGUCUGGAUUCACACUCGUCGGUCACGUCGCACAUCUGAAUCUUCGUGAACAGUACAUGCCUUAUAAGAACAUCAUCGGUGAGAUCUUGGUUGACAAGAAUCCUGCCGUCAGAACGGUCAUCAACAAGAUUGAUGAUGUUGGUGAGGAGAGCGAGUAUCGUACCUUCAAGUAUGAAGUUCUUGCUGGUCCCGACGACAUGGACGUCGAGAUCCGUGAAGCCGACUGCACAUUCAAGUUCAACUAUGCAAAGGUCUACUGGAACAGCAGAUUGAACACCGAACACCAAAGGCUUGUCGACUCUUUCGCCAAGGGUGAAGCUGUUUGCGAUGUCAUGGCUGGCAUUGGACCCUUCGCGGUGCCCGCAGGCAAGAAGGGUGUCUUUGUUUGGGCCAACGACCUCAACCCGGACAGUCACUCCAGCAUGCUUGACGCUAUCAGCCGCAACAAAGUCGACCAAUUCGUAAGGCCGUUCAACCAGGAUGGCCAUGCCUUUAUCAAGGACGCUGCCCACAAGCUUCUAACGACCAAGCAUGAAGUACAUGUCCUUGCAAAGCAGACUCGUACCGAGGCUAAGGCAACCAAAGCGCCGCCCAAAGUCUUGAAGACCAUCAAAGAACCCAACACCUUCUCCCACUACGUUAUGAACCUGCCCGCGAGCGCAAUCGAGUUCUUGCCUGCAUUCAUCGGUCUGUACACAGAGGAAGACAGGAAGCUGCUUCCCGCCGACUUCAAGCUCCCUAUGAUUCAUGUUUAUUGUUUCGACACCAAGAGCGAUGACAACGUACAAGAAGGCAUCAGCAUCUGCAAAAAGAUAUCUGAGCAAAUCGGCUACGAAGUCACACCGCAAACCCCUGAACUCAGCAUCUUCGAUGUCAGAGAUGUUGCACCCAAGAAAAGAAUGUUCUGUGCUUCAUUCCGUCUCCCGGAAGAGGUCGCAUUCGCACCCAGAAAGUCUUUGCCUACGAGGUAG